GGUUUAUGAUGUGAAUCUAAAGUUUUUCAAAUUCGAACAAGUUUCCAUUCUAUAUACCUACAUUGUAAUACUCGAAUAACAAUCCAUGAAUAUAAUCGCCAUCAUUAUUAAUACUGCAACCUCAUUUCCUUAUUGUUUACACACUCUGGGCCCCCUCGAUUUGCAUAAUAAAAUGCAAAUACCCCAUUAUGCGCAGAAAAUGUUCCCUUCUCUUUGAUAAAGGAAACUUUUCCGGUCAAAAAGUGAAAAUUCCCAACAAGAAAGCGGAGCUUAGCGUGUGCGCUCCGCCGACUCCGGAAUUUGCGCCAACUCGGAAAAUCGUUUACGAAUUUCCCGAAGGGAAAUCAAUAUGAUGGCCUAGUGCCCCGUGUACGUGUUAACACACCAAAGUUUUCCUUUGAAAAAUCAUGGAAAUUGUUGUUAAAGAUGGUUGUGACAGCUAGUGAAGUGUAGAAAUAAUAAAGUGUAAAGUAAUUUAUCUAAUCUACAGUAUAUAGAUAUCAAAAUAAUUUUCUGGACCUGGAAAAUGUUUCAGACAAUUAUGAACUAUAAAGUUUAGGUUUAUUGAAUCAAAAUGCAUUUACAUUUCGAAAGAACUGUUAAUGCUAAAAGCGACUGCCCAAUUUUGUCUUUAACAUGGAUGGGAAAGGUGCCUGAUGAGUUGCCCGAGGACGAAGGCUGGAAGCUGAACAGAAAUAAUUAUUAUCAAGAAGGCUGGCUGGCAACUGGAAACGUUCGAGGAAUUGUAGGGGUGACUUUUACAACAAGUCACUGCAAAAAAAACGUAGACUUUCCAUUGAGGACUAAUUAUAAUUUACGAGGGCACAGAUCAGAAGUUAUUCUAGUCAAAUGGAACGAACCUUACCAAAAACUAGCUUCGUGCGACAGCUCUGGAAUAAUAUUCGUCUGGAUCAAGUACGAAGGCCGAUGGUCAAUUGAACUAAUCAACGACCGCAACACUCCAGUGACUCACUUUUCUUGGUCUCACGAUGGAAGAAUGGCCCUUAUCUGCUAUCAGGAUGGAUUCGUCUUAGUUGGUUCAGUGGCAGGACAACGUUAUUGGUCUUCAAUGCUCAACCUGGACGCGACCAUUACAUGCGGAAUUUGGACUCCGGACGAUCAACAAGUCUAUUUUGGAACAACCUCUGGACAAAUAAUUGUGAUGGAUGUUCAUGGGGCGAUGGUGUCUCAGGUGCAACUCAGUGGAGACGUCGGGAUCACUUCUAUGGCGUGGUCUUGUGAAAAGUUUAAAAUGGAAGAAGGAGAAGACGAAUGUUCUAGUUCAGGAGACCGAAAAUUCAUUCUAGCAGUCUCCUUACAAAACGGCUACAUUUACCUUCUAUCAACCUUCGACGAUGUAGCUCCUAUUCACAUCAACACAGGCCUACAAGGGCCUUUGUGCAUGGAAUGGAGCAAUUCCAGAGAACUCCUGGCCGUUGCUGGAAUCACUCUAAAAUCUCCAACCCUAGGACCUCAAAUCGAAUACACCAACAUGCUGAAAUUUUAUACGGACAAAGGAGUACUUUUGUACCAAACACAAAUACCAGACACACAUGCCAGAGUUUCUACACUUACGUGGGGCCACAACGAUAAACGGCUAUUUUUAGCCACAGGAACUCAAAUUCACAUCGCCUGGGUGGCUAAAAGGAUAGCUUCUUUACAGCUACUUUGUAGAUUGCGCAUCUACAAUUUGAUGCCGAACGAAUCAAUGCUUUGUCAGCUACCUUUACCGAUGCGAUUGAGGAAUAUUAUAGGAAAUCUUUUUGCUCAAACUAUCAGAUGUUGUGUCCCAGAACCAAGUGCCCUGAGAGAAUUCGUUUCGAGACCACCAGCUGGUUCAGUCAGGCUUCAUUGUACAAUGAUAAGACACGACGAAGAUUGUAAUAUUUCUUCUGGCACUUGCUAUACUCUUUAUUUGGAGUAUCUUGGAGGUUUGGUGCCUCUACUUAAAGGCAAACGUACCAGCAAAAUUCGGCCAGAAUUUGUAAUAUUUGAUCCUCAAAUUGAAGAUUUCCAAACUCCCCAUUCUGACACAAAAAGUUCUUCAAGCUCCUCUACAGCAAACGCUGGAGGCAUCAGCGAUAGUUCCGAAUCGGACAAAGAAGAAGGUUGCACGGCUUCACCGAGAAUGCAAAGGAAAAAGAAGAAAAAACACAAAAAUCCACCUAAUAACGAACGAACUACCACGUGGCAUUAUAGAGGCGAAAUGGAUUUGGAUCAAGACGAUUUGAGUUACGUAGACACCUUACCAGAACAAGUCCGUUUGGUGGAGGUCACUUCGAACAUUUGGGGCACCAAAUUCAAAAUCCACGGUCUAGCCAAUGUAGUGCCUGCAAAUUUAGGACAAGUAACGUAUAAAACUUCUUUGUUGCAUCUACAGCCCCGUCAAAUGACUUUGGUUAUAACUGAAUUGCGGGAUGACUUCCCUGUGGGGCCUGAUCCAACAUUUAACCCAAACUUAUUCAGUGAAGACGAAGAAGAACCAAUCGCCAGUGCCAGCGAGGAAAAACCAAAAUGUUCCAGAAUGACUAUGGAUAGUUGUCCACCUAUUGCUCCAAUGUCUCCAAGAACCAGUGCAUUGAGCAAACAAAAGUCUUACGCUGGUGGUUCUAAUAACGGUGAAUCAAAGGAAAUAGAAAUCGACGAUAGCGAUCAUGUCCGUCCUCAAAACUUGUUGCGUCCGACUAAAAGCCAAAAUUGUACCAGUUUUAUCGGACCACUAAGUGGCCAAAAUCCGAAACACGCAAUUUCGCCCAUUUGUUGCGAAGCUUUGCCAGCGUUACAGUCGCCUAAAAAUGCUGUGGCGCCCAGCGAUAUUAUUUUCGAUAGGCCAACGGCACCAACUAUUAUAUCGUUUACGACCAAUGGCGCUGCUAGUUUACAGGUGAAGCCAAAUUUCGAACAGCAUCACUCCAAUAGCGACCAAAAACCAAUAGCUUUAAGAAAAACUGAUAUCGAUAAUGCAAAGCAUAAAACGAUAAAUUGUGAAGCAAGCUCAAGCUCAUCAAGCGCAAAAAAUAACGAUCAAGAAAAAUCACGAGUUCCUCCAAUGUUUGUAGCAUCAGGUUUAAUGACGAGAAGUUGUAGCGUGGGUUAUUUGGACAUGGUCGAUGCCCAAAUGGUACCACCGAGCGUAAGAUUAUCUUAUCUUAAUCGGGGUGAAAAUCCAAACAAAAGGCUCAUUUUGGUCAACAACCACAAAGAUCAGACUAAACGAAGACACAGUAGAUUACGUCACAGGACGAACUCUAAAACGGGCAAUCAGCUUCAAAAUUUUGGCAAAUCCAAGAGCUUAGAUUCCAGUGAUAUUUUCCAUAGUAAUAGUUCUAGCGGUAAUAAUAGUCCAAGUUUUGUUUUAAAAGAAAUGAAAAUACCUGAACAAAUUGAACCUGUAGAGAAAGUCGAAAAAAAAAUUAACAAUAAUAUUAUAAACAAUAAUAACGUUAAUAUAAAUAAAAAUAGUAGCAACAAUAAAAAUAAUAAUAAUAGAAAGACUGCCAGGGAUUUUUUCUCAUCGCCCUUAAUGAGAAGAAAAAAGGACAGAGGUAAAACCAAAUUAGAUGAACAUGAACAAAGUUGUGAAAAAAACGGGGUUCCUAUACACACCCAGGCCUUAGCAAAUUUAGAAAAACUAAUAACUAGACUAAGAGAGGACGAUUUCAGUAAAUCGACUCCACCAAGUUCGCCCAGAUUGCCUAGAAGUUCUCCAUCGUCACCAUCACCAAGUAAAAAAGGUUUCAGACCACAAUCGGCUUCCCCAAUCCGUAGAAAAAUUAUGAAUUCUCCGUUUCUGAGACGAAAAUACAAAAAUCAAGAAAGCUCAGACGAUGAAGUGACGGCUUCAGGCGACGAGGUGUUCAACGGUACAAACUACAAAGACCUGGAAACAUUUCAGAAGUCUCAGCUGAGACAAAAGCUAAAGAGGGGCAAAAUAGAGCCUAACGGGAGCUUUUGCAAUAACAACCAAAACGUUCCUCAGAGAAGGGAGUUUGUGAUGCACAAUAAGGCACCGAUGUGGAACGAAAACAGUCAAGUUUACCAAUUGGAUUUCGGUGGUAGAGUUACUCAAGAAUCUGCUAAGAAUUUCCAAAUUGAGUUUAGAGGAAAACAAGUGAUGCAAUUUGGACGAAUUGAUGGUAACGCUUAUACGUUAGACUUCCAGUAUCCUUUUUCAGCUUUGCAAGCGUUUGCAGUGGCUCUGGCCAACGUCACACAAAGAUUGAAAUAGUUAACGUUGUUGUUAGCAAUCUCAGCAAUUUUUGUGUGUUACGGACAGAUAUUGAUAUCUGGAUACCAAUAUAUUUUAACCUGCCAAUUUAUUUAUUAUUGUUAAAUGGGCAAUUUGUGCAAUAGCUUUUUGUUGUAACGUUGAUUAAUUCUUUUUUUUUUUUGGCCUUGAUAAAUUUUCGAUGGAUUAUAUUUGUUAUAAAUAAUGUUCUUCUAGCCUUCUGUAACUGUAAAAUAUUUUCGAUUUGUAUCUCAAGAUAAAAAGAAGUAUCACGUGGUAGACUUGGACUAACGAUUUUCUGCAAUUUUUGAUUCUCAAUUCAAUUAUUCAUUUGGGAAGUUUCUAUUUCUAGCAAAAGAAGUGUGAGGGAAGUAGGAAGUUUGUGGAAAAAGUUCCAGUAUGUGGAAUUAUUAGGCAAAUCCAAAAACUAAGUCCGAGGAAGUUGGAGAAAUCAUAUUUCUCUUCGAACAUUUUAAAUAAAUACAUUCAUUCUUGCUCGAUAUUAAACUGAUUAAUGAUACGAAUUUUACACGCCCCGUGGAUUCCGAACCGAAAUCCACCGCCUGUCCGACUUUUUAUGUUUGUUAUUUUUUACAAAAACUAAUGUUUUUCUUUCAAAAAGUUCGAAGAGACAGUAUAGUCUCCUACUCGCAAAUAAUGGCUAUUCAUUAUAUGCUCGUUGAAGAAUAUUACUAUUAUCAAUCCUCCCCCAUUUCACGUACUGUCGUAUCUCAAUUUACCCAAUUUUACUCAAGGCACGAUUUCAUCUUUCGGGUGACAUUCAAUCAUUUGAUAAGAGGUAUUCAUUCGGGCUUAAUGGCCGUCGUAAGUUAGAAUUUCUUCUUUCUUAUCAAUUAACCUGGACCCCGAAAGUCUCACUAACUUAAUCAUUUACCCAUUUGUUGUAAGAAUAUGAUUCAACUUAGAUAAAAUAACAAUGGUGAUUGUCUGUAGCAUGCCUUUCCGUGAAAAUUAUUCCUAUUCACCGGUAGACGUGUCAUAAGUUUCUAUCAUUCCAUCAUUUACCCAAAAUAGCGAAAAAUUACAAGACCUGUAAGUCGGGUGUCCCAUUUUCUAUGCUCACAUGUCAAAUAAAGUCUGUUUUUUUUUUAAAGAUAAUUCCCCAAGUCAAAAAUUUAGUAACUAUGUUGGCAACACAAGCCUUUUCUACAUAAAAAAUUUGAAAGCAUUGACAAUUUUACAUAGUAUUGCCAACAUAAUGUCAUUUUGACUUUUAUCUUUAAAAAAAAAACACAGUUUACGUUGUUUUCAAUUUUUUAUGAUGGAUAUCCAUUUAAAUCCUAUAUAUUCAUGUUUAAAAUUAGCAAGAGUGAGGGCACAAAAUGGCGGAGUUUUCCAUAUGAAUAUAUAGGAUUUUAAGAACCAAUCAAAAAUGAGACGACAAUUGUCGCCACUGUGGUAAUAGAGUCACUGUAACAUGAGUCCGUCUCUUUCUCUGAGCCUGGCUAAGAAAAAGAUAGAAAUACAUAUUUGUUUGCCUGCUCGCCUAUUUUUAGCAUAUAAAACACUAUAAAUACACAAAAGGCCUAGUUUCAUACAUAAUUGAAUUUCUUAUACUCACCCCUCAAAAACUGUGGCCCCCACUCGGAAAUUCAAUUUUCUGGGCAAAAUAACAUAGAAUUCGAACCGCGACACUUUUCCGAACACUUUAGAGUACUUUUUCCGAUUGAAAAGUCCCGGAAAACUGGAAAAUUCAACGAAAAACCAGGAUAAAAACACUUGAAAUGACCGACUGUCAAAUGUCACUGUCACAGGCCAUUCUUAUGGCGAUUUCCAUUUGUCAUCAGUGCCUCACUGAGUGUAUCCGCAUCUUUUUCUAAAAAUAUGUAACAUGUAAGGAUAAGAAUAAAUUUGUUUUGCCCUGAUCCGACAAAUAAUGGAAAACCCUAUUAGACCUACUUGAUUGGAACCCGAGUGAAGUUGGCUACAAAGCAGUGUUGCCACCUGAAAAAGAAUCGUAAUUUAUUAAAAAAGCUUAAUUGAUAAUGAUUUUAAAACUAGAAAUUCCCUAAAAAGUUGUUUUUUGCUUGCGCUUUGCGCCCUCAAUUUUAGCAUUUAAAACUAGAAACUCUUGGCUAAAAAUUGAGAAAACUCAAAGCCUCGUACUUUAAAUCAGUUUUUUCGCUCGAAAACGGCCUGGAAAAGCGGAAAAUCCAAAUAAAAACCAGCAAAAAUAACAUUCCAAAGUCUACUUGAUAAAACUUGAGUUUUCGUUACUUACCCCUAUAGAAAACUGGAAAUUUUUGGCGAAAAAUGAAGCCUCGUAUUUUAAACACUGAAGUAGAAAGAGGUAUGGAAUGAACUUUGCGUCAUCCAAUUGAUUCCAGAAUGAGAUAGCGCCAGUAAGGGCAAGAAAUAUAUUGGAUCUCCCAUAUCUCUCACUCUAACCCUGAGUGAGAUAGCGCUAGUAAGGGCAAGAAAAUCUCAUGGAUUUCUCCUAUUCUCUCACUCUAAUGUUGGCCGCAAAUAUAUGUAUUAAGUAGAUAGGCAAAGGGCUAUUCCAACCUUCUUACUACUUCAUUGAUUUUAAACCAGGUUUCCCGACUGAAAACGGCCUGAAAAAGAGGAAAAUUCGAAGGAAAACAGGAUAAAAUGUAAACACGUCAAUUAAAAAUUGCCGAAUGUCAAGAGAAAAGUAGUAAAUGACAUUUCAUUACAAGGCCUACUACUUAAUUAAAAGCGACGUUGCCACAUUUCAAAUAGGAAAAUAUUACAUUUUAAAUAGUUUUUAGUUUAAAAUUUAGUUAAAUAAUUAAUUAAUAAUGUUUAAUAAAAUAAUGGAAAACUGAAAAAUUCAACAAAAAACCGGCAAUAAAAAUAAAAGCGCGUAAGCCAUUUUAAAACAAUAAUGGAACUACACUCAUUUGUUACGAGAAGGCGCUGCAAUCGCGAACCCCAAAAUCGAGUAAAAUAACUAAUUAGGACUUAAUUAAGGCCUAAUUAAGUUAAAUUACAUCAAAAUUAAUAUAAUUAAGCCUUUAUUAUCAGGUUUUAAUCAAGUAGGCUUUAGAAUGGCAAGUUUGACACUUGACAGUCGGCCAUUAUAAGUGAAAAAUGGCCAAUCGGCCUCCGAUUUUUCGUCGAAUUUUCCAGUUUUCAAUAGGAAAAAGUACUCUAAAGUGAUAGGAAAAGUGUCGCGGUUCGAAUUUGGUGUUUAUUUUGCACAGUUUGAGGGGUGAGUACCGGGAAAACUAAUUUAUCGGGUGGUAUGAAUAAAAACGAAGUACUUGCUACUACUACAAGUAUUAGCAUGUUCUACGUAGUAUUUACUUCAAAACGAAGUAGAUACUACAUUUCGACACUACCGGAAAUAAGUAAAUGCUUCUUUAUGAAGUAAAUACUUCGAAGGAUAUACUAAUACUUGUAGUAGUAGCAUGUACUUCGUUUUUAUUCAUACCACCCAUUAUAAAACAGAGGCUUUUGGUGUGUAUAGUUUAUAGUAAUUUCAUCUUAAAAUAGGCUUUUUUUGAUCAAACAGGCCUUCGUACAUGAAAAAAUAAAAUUCCAGACAGAUUAUCUCAAAUUUUUUUUUUUUUUAAAUGUGAUACGCAGAUCGUGAGAUAAGGGACAAAAUUAUAGAAUUUUGUUUAAUGAAAGAGCCUCCAAUUUAUAGAUGAAAUCACUAUGUUGUCUGUAAAUAUUUGAGAAAGACUCGAAAAGUGCUUUUGAAUUUUUCUUAAACAUCAACAUAUAAAAAAAUCCUCACUUUAUCCAGAGUCACUUUCUUAAUAGUUAACUCAGCUGGAGUAGGGGCGUAAAAAUCUUAUCCCUGGCCUUUGUAGAGCCUGAUUUCAAAGUAUCAAAAUCGGAUUUUUGACCAUUCUACAUAGAGCUUAAACUUAACAGAGAAACACUCAAAGUCUCAUUCUUCACUCCUCUUAAGCUAAGUUAUGAACUAAAACAGCAUCGAAACAAAGUUUGAUUUCUGACCAUUUUAGAGCUGAAAUUGAGUUAGAGAUGUUUAAAAAAACUCAUGCACAUUUAAAAUUUUGAACUUCUGAAUAAUCUAGAUUUGAAAUCAAAGUGAAUUAUUCAGCUGAUGGAGGGACGUAAAAAUCUUAUUCCAGGCUUUUGUAGUUCUAGAUCUACUUCUGGAUAACUUUGGCUUUUGAAAGACAGUCUAAUUCAUAAAUCUUGUGAAGGCUAGAAAUAUUUUUCAAAAUGGACAAUUUUUAAACAAAAAAAGCUACAUUUUUCUUUUGCUAGUUAUUACUAAAGAAAAUGGCUUUAAGAGGCAAAAUGCUUUACCUAAAUAAAUUAAUUAUUGUAAUAGGUACAUUUUAUAAUAAUAUAGCCAAAAUUCCAAUAUUACCAAUAAAUACGUUAGUGUCCCAAUAUUUUGGGACACCUUUGUACUAAUUUAUUUAUUGUUAACAAAUUUGCCAUUAUAUAGUUGUACCUAUACUUAUCGCGACAUAUUUUUUAAAAAAAAUAUAUAUUUUAUAGCUGUUUUGUAGGUUUUCUCAUAUUAAUUAUUGUUCGUUUUCCUAAUAUACUAAUUGAAACUCAAUGUUACAUUAAAAAAAUAUAAUUUUAUUUGCAAUAAAGUCGCAUUAAUUUUUCCUGACUGGAUGAAUCGGGUGACUCAUGUGACUCAAAUCCGGAGGAUUUUUCUCAAAGGCGCUGAUUUCCUUCAUGCCAGCCUCGACGAUUUUCCACAAUGCUCGUUUUUGUAAUUUGCGUACCAAGUCUUGACUAAUGGAUAAUCGGAAAUGUCGAAUUUGAUUGCUUCCAAGCACAUUGUUGCUGUGACCAAUUGGAAAUCAGCAAUUGAAAUUUUAUCUAAAAGUAUUUGUUGAUU